AUGAAAACGUUGGUUGCUGUCGUUUCUUGGCUCUCACUAUGCAGUAAGUAAACCAUGAUAUUUGUCAAAGGAAGAGAUAAUUCAUAAACUGGCGGGGCAUCACGUUAUUUGCUCAGUCAUAAAUACUAAUUUUCUCUUGUAGGCUUUUUGGUGAAUUAUGCUCUAGCAUUAAAUCUUUGUCGAGGUAGCUGCAGCGUUGACCUAGAGACAAAAGGAUGCUACAUUGACAAGGGGGUACGUUUUGCACACUGCUAUCCUUAAUAUAAUGCAUGUUUUUCACUAUCACUUGUGUGCUUAUUUAAAUUCCACAUGAAUCACUCCUCUUCGUGUUUGAUAUGUUUCCUAUAAAUGCUUAUUGCCUUUCUACAAUUCCUAGGGGGCCGGACGAGCUCUGCCCGAGUAUAUCUACAACGAGCGCGAUCCUUCCAUUGCCAACUACGGUGGAAGAAGAAUUGACUGGCUAAACUGGAAUGACUAUUUUCCUGGAUUCAUCUGCCGCUGUGCUGAAAAGGCUAAACACCUUGGGUUUGACUUGAUCGGUGUGCAGUUCUAUGGUAAGAACACUAAAUUUUAACCCUUUAAUAUAAAGAUUUUAGUUUUUGUUUGUAACCCGUACAAAUUAGCUGUUAAAAAUAGUGCGGGAAGGUGUUAAAAUAUCAAGCAAAUUCAUGUUCGGUGAUCAUGUUCAUAGUUCUAGUGAACAUCCUGUUUUAUAACGCAUUGAUCAUACAAGGACAAAUUUGAUGCCCCCGGGGGACUCCCAUAUGAAAGGGGGCGGGGAUACUCGUCGUCUCGCUUAGUGGUGUAAUUUUCCGAUUUUGGUCUCACCUAGGGUGUUCUGGGCAAAACGCCAUAUAUUUAACCGUAAAGGUCUCUUUUAGGGUUAAAACAACGUAUGCGUACUUAAAAGUAUUUGGUAAAUAUGUCUUUGCCAUCAUAAGAAGUCGCUGUAUUAUUUAUUUGUCUGUGUUUUAAAAUGGUCUCCUUUAGGGGUCAAAAAAAGUUUGGGCCACGCCCAGACUGAUUUCCUUCAGGGUUUUAAUUCAAAAUGUCCGACUACUAUCCCCGCCCCUUUCAUAUGGGAGUCCCCCCGGCCUUAAGUUAAGGGGGAAAGUGAAAUAUAGCACAAAGUGGACACCAAACUGAGUGAAAUACAAAAAUAUGUCUCUUAAAAAAGUAAAAUCAUUGUUAUUCAAGUAACAGCAAUUGCAAGAAGACACGUAGUGAGGAGAAAAAAUAUUGAACAAAAAACAAGCAGAUAGAUGUUUGGUUGAGCUGACGCUCAUCUUUGAAACAACAGUCCGAUAGCCAUUGUAAUAAACUGUGCAAAAAUUUUCGUUGGAAUUGACAGUUGGUUUAUAAAAACAUGACAUAAUUUUGCCAUUAUUUUUAACGGGUUACUAUUUAGCGUAAAUUAGAUAUUAGGCCUUUGACAUAACAACUUUCCCCCUUUCCUUACAGUGAAAAAUUAUAUUAGGCGUGCAGGACUUAUAUAACCAUUAGGGAGCUUAAGAAAUGAAGACGGCGACGCCAACGAGAACGGGAAUAACGCAAUAGGUUUAAUUUAGAUCGGCGAAACAACAACUUUGCACGUGCAUCACGCUUUAUUGUAGAUUUCUUUGCCGUCGCUGCACGACUAGAAAGUGAAGGUGCCUAAUUUCACAUUUUGUCGAGGAGGAGAACACGAGACAACAACUUUCCUUUUCUUUUCCUGAACUUUGGUACGGUCCUUUAUAUAAUUAGAAUUCAACUCCACAAAUAUUUGCCAACGUUUGACGAAUUAAACGAGAUGGAAUAAGCGCGAUGAAGUUUGAAACAGCGCGAGUCACUUUUUAAAUAACGUUUUCGUAGUCGUUGCCAUGAGCGUGACAAAUGCAUGGUCCCUUUGCGCGAAACGGUCACAUGGGACAAGAAACACCUGGAUUGCUAACGACGCAGUGGGGCAAGAAAUUAAAAACAAAGAGAUGACAUCAUUCAAAUAGCUAAUAUCCUUUCUUUUCAAGGUACCACUGCGUUGUUUACCUUCCAGCAAGGUGUUUUUUGUACCAUGUGACCGUCUCUUGCGAAGGGCCUAUUGACCAUUUUUGCGCCUAGACUGGAUCGGUGGGAUGUCGAAUUGUAUUGUAUGCUGUCCCUGAGGGGCUACGCACGCGUGUGGUCUAUAAAUUUUCGUGUGCAAGUUGUAAUGCUUGUUAUGUUGGUGAAACCAGCCGAUACUUCUCCACACGAGUGCGCGAGCACUUACUUUCAGACAGGUCUUCGAACGUUUUUAAACAUCUGCAGGGUUCAGAGUUUUGUAGAGCAUCCUGCACACCGGAUUGCUUCGAGAUCCUGGACUCUGCAGCCACUAAGUACCAAGUGAAGCUUAAGGAAUCCAUGUUUAUAAAAUGGGAGAAGCCCGAUCUCAACCAGCAGGUGAAACACAUUAACCUGACUCUCUCCCUGUAAAGAACUAAGCGUCACUCAUUUAACUUUGUUUUAGUACGCAAUAUUGACAACGCAAUGUAACGAACUUUGAAAGAUCGCGCGCGCUUUAAAUUCAACGGCGAUUUCAAAAUAUGUAACACUGAAGAUAACGGAUGUACCGUCGAAACAUGUCUGGAAAAUUAAAGAAAGUUGUUAUGUUUAUACGACUAUCUAUAUUGUGGAUUGUUUUGAGACGUCAUCUUUUUCAAGAUUGCGCAGGAAAGGCAGGUCAAAGUUUGUCCCUCGAAACAAUCCCAUAGUGCCAUUCAACACAACAUAGACUCAGUCUCCCUAGUUUCAAGUAAACCCUCAAAUUGACCAAAUUAUGACUUACGUUUUUUUGUAAUAAUUGACAGGAGAGUGUUGGGCAGGACACAGUGGGAUAAAUGAUUAUUCACAAUACGGACUGGAUUACAGUGGCUGCAUUGAAGAUGACUAUCAACCCUGCACUAAGAAUUCUCGUUAUUGCGUCGGAAAGCAUUUUCGCAAUAUGGUCUUUCAAAUUGGUAUGUUUUAUUUUGAGAUUUCAAACUUGACUUUCUGAUCUAUUUAUAUAUCUUCCAAUACAGCAACCGCUUUGAGGUUCACUUGACAGAGUGGAUAUGAAAGGGUUUUCGUCAUGUUUCUUUCGCUUCUUGCACUAGAAUUUUCUUUACAAUACUUGUGAGUUAAGAAGAAAUGAAAAACAUGAGAAUGAGCUUAAGUAAAAGCCUUCAUUUCGACACGAUUAAAAAAAAAUGAGAUAAAAAAUGAACAAAAAAACAGCAAGCUGAUGUGGUAGUGUUACUGGAAAAACAAAAUACUAAUAAAAAAUUUUAAUGUGCUUCUCCACGGUCAGUCUUAGUCACAAUAAAAAAAUACAGCAGAGCUGGUGUCGCGGUGUUAUGUGAAGCAUAUAAAAAAUGCUAAUAAAAAGUGCCUCUCUGUGGUUCCUGGAACUAUAGUGACAUUGAAAAAGACGGGCAUAGAUAUGACCUCUCGACCAAUCAAAACUUGAGGAAAUAAAAAUAAUUUUAAUGAUAAUUUUUUCAUUAUCAAUAUCAUCAUCAUUAUCAUCAUCAUCAUCACCAUCAUCAUCAUCAUCAUCAUCAUCAUCAUCAUCAUCAUCAACAUCAUUGUUGUUAUUAUCAUUCUCUAUUGCAGUGGAUACCAGUUGCCCUGGGAUCUCCUUUGAAAGGGUUGGUUGCUACAAAGAUGCACACAGACCAACGCAGAGACCUUUGCCAGAUUACCUCUUCAACGAUCGCGAUAGCUCGAUUCAGAACUGGAGCGGAAAGUUGAUCGACUGGAGAAACUGGGAUGUGUACGUUCCUCAGUUCGCUUGUAGAUGCGCCCAUGCAGCUAAGGCCAAGAACUUCACUUACUUUGGCAUGCAGUUUUACGGUAAAUUUCAGGUGGUCAAAAGGGUAAAUAUACACUUAAAAUGUAGACUGUAAAUUGUAAAAAUAUCUUACGGUCUACUCUAUUCCGUCAGGUAUUUUCAGGGAUAAUUAAAUUGGUUGGGGGACCCUGGCUGACAGUCCGCUUGUUUGCGUAGUUUACAAAAGUAUUACGUUAUCAGUACGAACAGCGUGUGAGUUCUUUAACAUUACACAUAAUUUAUUAUAUGUGCAAGGGCUGUAAGACUGGGCCUAUGGUUUAUCAUCCUUGUCCGAGAAGAUUAGAAAUAGAAUCCCGCUAUAGAAGGAUUAGCCUGAGAAACCAGCCGACAUUUGGCCACGGCACCAGUGGGUUUCCCGGCGAAAUGACGUCUGAGUAACGAACGCAGAAAUUCCUAUUCUUGGGUUGCAGGUGACGUCACCAAAAAUCAAACUAAAAAACUAUCGAUUCUUCUGAGUUUUUACGUUCACGAGGUAUUACAGUACCUAAAAACCUUUACAUGAACAAAUUUUUGGUUCGAAAGGGUUCUUCGUUUUGCGAGAGAGGACGCUUGAAUUUCCAGGCUUUUGCGUGACGCGGCAUUUAGCUGGCGGCCGGGAAAGCUCUUAUGUGGAUUAAAAACAUUCCCGAUUUUGGGAGAUUUUGCAAUCUAAACAUUCCUUAUCUCAGAAUAAAUAUUACUGUGAUCUUUAUGAGUUCCUCAAGCGAAGAAUUCACGCAUUAGUAGGAAAACUCGAAAACAGAUGUUUCUGUUGGUAUCCGGCGGCCAUAUUGGUGUUCCUGAAAGGGACACCNUUAUCUCAGAAUAAAUAUUACUGUGAUCUUUAUGAGUUCCUCAAGCGAAGAAUUCACGCAUUAGUAGGAAAACUCGAAAACAGAUGUUUCUGUUGGUAUCCGGCGGCCAUAUUGGUGUUCCUGAAAGGGACACCAACAUGGCGUUUCCAUACAAAGCUUUACAAAUUUAGGUAAACUGUUUUUCCCAAUAUUUCGCAUUUGAAAUAUUUCACAGAUCUGAUUCUUGGUAAGGGUUUUUGUUUAUUAAUGUUUUUCCCUUUCUCAGAUUCUAGUCCUUCUGUAUUGAAUGGUUUGGAUUUUUAUUUUUCAUUGCGUGACAGUGCAAGCCGAGAAUUGACACUGAUGACGUGUCACUACCCAGAUCUGGGUGACACGUCAUAAGUAUGGAAUUUCUGCAGUCUGUCCUCAGUUGUCAGAAACCAGUGAUGGCGUCGCAAAAUGUCGCGGGCUGUCUUCUCAGGCUAUAGAGAGAACUUUUUAGCCAAUCAGAUGACGGAAUUCGUAUGCUAGUGGGGUUGUACUAGAUGUAAUGGUCAUAAAGUGUGUCUUUCUUGCAGGAGAGUGCUGGAGUGGUCAAAAUGGAGAAUCGACCUACUUCCGAGACGGCCCCAGUUCAAGCUGUGUUGACAAAUGCUACGCACCCUGCAAUCAAUACAGAAAGUUUUGCUCUGGCAUGCAUUUUGCUAAUUUUGUCUACAGACUCAGUAAGAAAUUAGACUUCUUGCAGUCCGCAUUUUCUCUUAUAAUCCGUCCAUUUCUUAUCCCAGCCAGCGUGACUGCAAACAACGACGCGUGAAGUAACUUUGAAAAGAAAAAAAGAGACUGCUUGCCAGUGGCGGGGACCGAGAAGCCCGCCGCCCUCCUGUUUUUAGACCAAACUUAGGCACAAAGCUCGAAAAAAAUUUUUUUGGAGACCGCCCACCCCUUACCUCAAGGUCUGGGGCCCGUUUCUCGAAUGUCCCGGUAACUUUUCUGGCCCGAAAUCAAAUCUUCAAAUCGAAAUAUAAAGAGUAAGAGCGCGGGUCCUGGCUAGCAACUACUCCAUUUUGUUUCAUUAACUGAUAGUUUUAUCAUGUUAGAUGGAAAACUAUUGAAACCUCUAUCUUGCAUGUAAACAACAACAGCUUUGCGGGCCCCGUUAAAUUAUCGGGACUUUCGAGAAACGGGCCCUUGGAUACGGCACUGCUUACAGCCUAGUAAGAAAUAUAUUCAGUAAAUAAACUGCCCUGAGAUUGUAGUACCUCAAGACUUCACAUAACUGGAAUUAAUCAACAUUCUCAGGUCAAUGAAAUCACGGCUUGUGCUCUUUCUGGUCGUCCAGCCUAAAUUGACGUUACACGGCGUAGCGUUUUCUGGUCUUAAUGGUCCUCUCUCUUAUGUUAAAGGCGGUCUGUCACAAUAUUCUGAGUCGUCAUAUUUUGCUAUAGAGCGCUUUCACUCACGUGGCCAGCAUCUAUACAGAUUAAUUGGAACAAAAGAAAGCGUUUGUAUAAGAAAAGAAUUCAUCUCCCACAGGAUUGUCUUGGUACACCAACAUGGCCGUCGUUUCAUUGUUUUGGAACACCAAUAUGGCCGCCAUGACGUCAUGUAAAAACGCUCUAUAGCUACUUACACAGUAACCUCAGGGGAUCUAUUUGAAUUAAUGAAGAAAAUUGACCCAAGAAUCGAUGGCAACUCGAAAGGAUUUAAUGAAGGAGCCAAUGGCUCGGCACUCAUAUUCUCGGCAUUUUUCCUAUUACAUUUAGACAUGGAUCUAGUACGUGUUCAUCUAUCAACCUCAUCCCCAGGGCUUUUCCCUCAAAAAAUUGAGGGAAAAGCCCUGGGGACGAGGUUGGUUCAUCAAUCUAUCCAUUUCUAUUUAUUUGGCCUUGUCAUAACAGCCAUUAUUUUCAAUUCUCUACUUCUGUCAUAGAGCCAAAGGUCAUAAACGGAGAAGACGAAACCUGCGAAGUGAGUAUAACUCCAAUUGGUUGCUACAACGAAAACCCAAAAAAACCUGCUCUCCCUAAAGUUUUCUACAACGAAGCCGACCCGGGAAAGCCAAACUUUGGAGGAAGCCUUCUACAAUGGAGUAACUAUUUCAAAGCUGAUUUUAAAAAGUUCGUGUGCAAGUGUGCCCGUCUGGCGAAAUCGUACAGAUGGGGAUAUUUUGGAGUCAGGGAAACUGGUAGGUCAAAGGCGACUGAUCAUGAAUAUUGGGUCUGUACAAGAGAGAAUAGGGAGAUUAGGGAGUUUUACGCAACGACGACGGCGACAGCAACGAGAACGGCGACAGUAACGAGAACGACAACGCGCUUAUUCCAUCUCGUUUAAUUCGUACAAAUGUUGGCAAAUUUUUUUGGAGUUGACUUCUAAAGGACUGUAUCAAGGUUUACGAAAAGAAAAAGAAAGUUGUUGUCAUGUGUUCUCGUCCUCGACAAAACGUGAAAUUAGGCACUUUCACGUUGUAGUCGUGCAACGACUGCAAAGAAAUGUACAAAAAAGGAUGAUGCUCGUGCAAAGUUGUUGUUUUGCUAAUAUAAAUCCUUUUUGCCGUUCUCCUUGCGGUUGCCGUCAUUGUUGCUUAAGCUCCCUAUAAUAAUGAGAUAGGGAAGAAAACGCCCUUGAAAACUGUAAAUGUCACCAAAGUUAUACUUAGAUCAAUUAAAUGCUUGAAAUUAACCGAGAGUUGGUUUCUGGAGAGGUCCGCAAACUUUUAUUCAGUGUUGUCAGGAGAGAAUUUAACGGUCGCCAUUACAAUAUUCUGCAUUGUUUACUUUGGGGCAGACGCGCGUGUACUUGAAUUGAUGACGUUUCAAAUUUAAUUAGUUAAGUAAUUUUCAUAUAUGGCAAGGGGUUGAGCCUCCUGACUGAGCCUCCCGUACAAAAACUUCGUUUUAACGGGUAAUCCCGCGGGCUGCGGUAUCUGACCUUUUCGUCAUAUGAGUGGUCCUUUUCCAAAACGGAAAAAUAAAUAGUGAUCGCGAAAAGUGUCUGCUAGCGAUUUACGUUAUUUUUGUGAAUACUUCUACCUACAGGUUUGUGUGUGAGUAACCCAAGUAACCCAUCGAAUUACGAUAAGUACGGCAAGUGCACAGCAGGCCCACACACCUAUGCUUGCCCGGUUUUAAAUGGAAUAUGCGGAGCAUUGGAUGACAGUGCAAACUACAUUUACCGAAUAGAUGAUCUAGGUAUGCAAUAGACUUUAGUCAACUAAACCAUAGAAAGUCUGACAUUUUUGUCAAUUGUAACACAGGAGGUUUAUGUUCAAAUUACGUUUUCGUUUCGGCCUUAACCGUGCAUGCACACUACACCAUAGCAUUCUAAUCAAGUUCCGGUCAAUAAAGACUUUUUCGUUUAUUCAAUCCAAAUGGAAAUUGUUGCAUUUUGAGAGGCUUUUACAGUUUUAGAUUGUUAAUCGCAAUAAGUACGGAGGUUUUAGCACAAGAAGGAAACUCCAGAACUGAGUACUCAGAGUUUGACCAUUUACCUGUUUUUGAACGUUUGAUGUCAGAUGGCCAUCCUGUUAUGUAUUGAUUGUCUUGUAAUACAUCUUACCAAAGGUUUUCCUUCCUCAGCUAACAAUAACAACCCUCACGCCGACUCUCUUUCAUCCCGCGUCUGGGCUAGCAAGCUAUAA